CAGUAGCCUUCCGUUCGCCAAGCACACUAGCGUCGCAAUUUGGUCGAUGUUGGUGGCGACAUCAUCGUUGGUUUGAAGGGUCGUCUGGCUACUUCGAUCGAGAUCAGUAAGUCGCCAUGUCCUCCCUUCGUUAACUGUCGUUGCUCGAUAUGGUAGGGGUGUGGUGUGUCCGCUUUCCUACUUUUGAUUUUGCAUUCGAUGCGCUCUUCGGAAUGUCGAUGGAAAACCUCGAGGUGUUGAGGGGUGACAAGCUCAUAUUGAGAGGCUUGUUGUUCCAUGGCUUCCAUGGGGUGAAGUCAGAAGAGAGGAAACUAGGUCAGAAAUUUUUGAUUGAUGUAGAUGCUUGGAUGGAUCUCCAGGCAGCUGGAAAGUCGGACGUGUUGUCUGAUACUGUCAGUUACACUGACAUCUAUCGCAUAGUGAAGGAAGUCGUGGAAGGACCGCCCAAGAAUCUUCUAGAGGCGGUGGCAGAGCACAUUGCGUCCACUGCUCUGGCAAAAUUCCCCCGGAUAACGGCUGUUCGUGUGAAAGUCGGGAAGCCUCAUGUUGCAGUUCCUGGUCCUCUUGAUUAUUUGGGCAUUGAGAUACUAAGGUACAGAAGUUGCUUUUAAACUGGAUUCCAAUCUGUUCGACUCGUAAGUGGAUUGUAAGACCUGCAUAAUGGGAAAGGGUCUUCAACAUUUCGGGUAUACUGGAUUUCAACUUAGUUUUCUGU